GCAGCAGUAAUACGCGUACGCAUACUCGUGUCUGGACAUCUGACAGGGCCAGAGCUAGAGCCAGAGCCAGAGCCAAAGCCUCAAGUACUCGUGCGAGAGCCAGGCAGCAGCAGCAGCGAGACAACGUCAAGGAAAUUAUCGAUUUUCGCAUGAAGAAGUGAAAAUUCUAACUCAAUUGGACAGUUCGUUCUGGGAAAACUGUGGAAAAGUUGUCCAAUUCCUGGGAGGAUUGUCCAGAGUUCCGAUUCAGGCAGCUCCUCUAAUUGAAGGCACUUGCAACGUCUUGAGUCCGUGUGGGUGUGGCAGCUGGCAGCAGCAGCCCAAGUGUUAGCCAUGGCGGACAGUGAGUUCGAGGAGUUCCAUAGGCCGAUAUUUGAGCCACAUACGAUUGCCACAUUUGGAGCAGGUGCAGCGGCCAACAAGAAGAAUAAUUCCCAUGCAUUUUACUCUUUAAUUCCCAACGAUGAUAUGGAGGACUCCACCUCCUCGAAGAGCGAUGGCGAUGGCUCGGACCAGGAGGAUGGCAUUGGGGGCAUGGGCAUGGCGGAACGUGAACGUGAGCCCAAGCUGCGCCAAGUGGAGGACGACGAGCUGGGGGAUGGUCUCAAAGUCACACUCUCAUCGGACGGUUCUCUCGACACAAACGACUCGUUCAACUCACAUCGGCAUCACCCAUUGAACCAUCAGGAUGCCAUUGGCGGCAUCAUGGGAAUGGCCCCCAAUGCUCUCUCGUCGGCCCCCGUGACCAUUGGCGCCAGCACGGAUCUGCUGACUCCGAAUGCGGCAGCCACGCGGCGACGUCGCAAGUUGCCCGAGAUACCAAAAAACCAGAAAUCUUCCAUUCUGCAUCUUUUAGGUGGCACUAACUACGGAUCGCUGGCCGAUGAGUUUCGAACUGGAGGCGGCGGAAUCAUUGGAGGUCCCUUGGCUGCACCGCGCACCGGACAACAACGCUCAUUCCUCUCGCUGAAGUGCGGCUAUCUAAUGGAUGAAGACUCCAGCCCCGAUUCGGAGCGGCUGCAGAGCCUGGGGGAUGUGGACAGUGGCCACAGCACAGCGCACUCGCCGAAUGACUUCAAGAGCAUGUCGCCACAGAUCACAUCGCCCGUCUCCCAGUCACCGUUUCCUCCGCCAUUCGGUGGCGUGCCCUUCGGGCAGUUGGAGAUGCUGGAGGCCACACACCGCGGACUGCACAAGUUUGUGCCACGACAUCAUGACGAGAUCGAGCUGGAGAUCGGCGAUGCCAUCUACGUGCAGAAGGAGGCCGAGGACUUGUGGUGCGAGGGCGUGAACUUGCGCACAGGAAGGCAGGGCAUCUUCCCGUCGGCCUAUGCCGUCGACUUGGACUACAACGAGUUCGAUCCGACGGUGCAGCUGGUGAAGAAGGAGCGCUAUCUGCUUGGAUACCUCGGAUCCGUGGAGACGCUGGCGCACAAGGGCACCGGCGUGGUCUGUCAAGCGGUACGCAAAAUCGUGGGCGAAUACGGUGCCUCCCCCACCGGACAGACCUGUAUUCUGGAGGUCUCCGAUCAGGGACUACGCAUGGUGGAUCGUUCGGGCCCCAAUAACAAAAAGGAAAAGAAGCCCUGCAUCGACUAUUUCUACUCGCUGAAGAACGUCUCGUUCUGUGCAUUUCACCCUCGCGAUCAUCGCUUCAUUGGCUUCAUUACGAAGCAUCCCACAGUGCAGCGCUUUGCCUGCCACGUCUUCAAGGGCUCAGAGUCCACCAGGCCAGUGGCCGAGGCAGUUGGACGGGCCUUUCAGCGUUUCUAUCAGAAAUUCAUUGAAACUGCUUAUCCCAUCGAGGACAUCUACAUCGAGUAGGAUCGGGCACGAUGAGCAUACGAUGUAUUUUUUGUGCGGUUAUUAAAUAAUACAAAUAAAAUUCUACAACAAAUGUUUGCCCCUUCAUCAAAAUGAGAAACUUAUAACCAAUUUGUAUAAUCCCGCAAGCUCCAUUCAAAAUUUGAAUACAUAUAUGAUUUAUCUGUUCCUACAAAUGGUGCAACAUCCGA